GGGUUGGUCGAGCCCAAGGCUCUGAGCAUGAUAGUCAAGCGCUCCGUCACUGAGCUGCACCCUGAUUUUAACAGAGAUCAGUGUUUGAAGGCUAUCAGCUCCAGAAGACAAGAAUGUGAUGUGGGGCCCCAGCGGGCCCCUUAGGGUGGAGGCGGGGCGGGGCAAUGCGUGGCACCUCCCACUGCCCGCUCUGCGCGGCGUUCAGUGCGGCGCCAGCCCGCAACAUGGGCAGCCUUUUCGGGCGCGUCGCGGCGCUGCGGGCGCUGUUGUGCGGGCCACGCUUUCAGUGCCUGCUGGUGCGCCCCAGUUCCGGAGGCCCCCCCUGGCCCCAAGAGCGGACGCUGGUUGCUGUGAAGCCAGAUGGGGUACAGAGGAGACUAGUGGGGACUGUGAUACAACGCUUUGAGAGGCGGGGCUUCAAGCUCGUGGGGAUGAAGAUGCUGCAGGCACCAGAAAGCAUCCUUGCUGAGCACUACCGGGACCUACAGAGGAAGCCAUUCUACCCAGCUCUUAUCAGCUACAUGAGCUCUGGGCCUGUGGUGGCCAUGGUCUGGGAAGGCCCCAAUGUGGUCCAUAUCUCAAGGGCCAUGAUAGGACACACCGACUCAACAGAGGCAGCCCCCGGGACAAUCAGGGGCGACUUCAGUGUUCACAUCAGCAGUGCCUGCAGAAGCCAGAAGAGGGUGCUAGAUGCCUGGAGCCAGAGUUACAGGAACGUCAUCCAUGCUAGCGAUUCUGUGGAUGGGGCCCAGAGGGAGAUCGAGCUGUGGUUUCAGAGCAGCGAACUGUUGAACUGGGCAGAUGGUGGUCACCACAGCAGCUGCUACCCUGCCUGAGGGCUUGCACUGCCUUCUGCACUUCAGGUCUACCCAUGACCUACUACCUCUGUCAACAAGAAGUCAAGCCCCCAUGCUUCCCAUGUCCCCAAACCACUCCCUACUCCCGCUCUACCCAACUCCAGCCCAGGGGAGUCUAAGCCUCAACUCUAUGUGCCUUUUUGUAUCCUAAGUCAAUACAAUAUUGGACCAUGUCCUUGUGUACAAAAGUGCCAGACAACCUUUGGGGCAUUGUCAAAGGUGACUUCACCUGCCUCAAAGGAGAGACAUUAAAAUUUUAUGCUUAAAAUGGAAA